CGCGCUGUGAAGGAGCCAUUUUGUGCGACUGCCGUAAGUGUCGCAAGCGAUCAUUUACAGUUCUGAAGAGUUUUAUAAAUAAUCUGUAAAAUUAGAGAGCCAGAACCAUGGAGAAGUCACAGAAAAUGCCGAAAGUGGCAAAGGUGAAGAACAAAGCACCGGCGGAGAUACAAAUUACCGCGGAGCAACUGUUGCGCGAGGCGAAGGAGCGUGACUUGGAGAUCCUACCGCCACCGCCAAAGCAGAAGAUUUCAGAUCCGCAUGAGCUUGCCGACUAUCAGCAUCGCAAGCGCAAGGCGUUCGAGGACAUUAUCCGUAAGAACCGCAUGAUCAUCACUAACUGGAUGAAGUAUGCCCAGUGGGAGGAGAGCCAGAAGCAGAUUCAACGAUCGCGAUCUAUUUAUGAGCGAGCACUGGAGGUGGAUCAUCGGAACAUAGCGCUAUGGCUGAAGUACACGGAAAUGGAGAUGCGCAAUCGACAGGUCAAUCACGCCAGGAACCUGUGGGAUCGUGCGGUCACGCUGCUGCCACGGGCCAAUCAAUUCUGGUACAAAUACACGUACAUGGAGGAGACUUUGGAGAAUAUCGCCGGCGCACGUCAGGUGUUCGAGCGGUGGAUGGAGUGGGAGCCGGACGAGCAAGCUUGGCAGACGUACAUCAAGUUCGAGCUGCGCUACAAGGAGAUCGAUCGCGCGCGGCAGAUCUACGAGUGCUUCGUGAUGGUCCAUCCCGACGUGAAACACUGGAUCAAGUACGCACGCUUCGAGGAGUCGUACGGAUUUAUCAAGGGCGCGCGCGCGGUGUACGAACGGGCCGUACAUUUUUACGGGGACGAGGGGCUGGACGAGAAGCUGUUCUUGGCGUUUGCGAGAUUCGAGGAAGGCCAGCGGGAACACGAUCGAGCUCGGAUAAUCUACAAGUACGCGUUGCAACACCUGCCGAAGGACAGCACGCAGGAGAUCUACAAGGCGUACACGAUUCACGAGAAGAAGUACGGCGAUCGUUCGGGCAUCGAGGACGUGAUAGUGAGCAAACGGAAGCAUCAGUAUGAGCAGGAGGUCAAGGAGAAUCCCUCGAAUUACGACGCGUGGUUCGAUUAUCUGAGACUGGUGGAGUCGGAAGGUAACGCCGACGUGAUCCGCGAGACGUAUGAGCGGGCGAUUGCCAAUGUGCCGCCCACCAAAGAGAAGCAGUUCUGGCGCAGAUACAUCUACCUGUGGAUCAAAUACGCUCUCUUCGAGGAGUUGGAUGCCAAGGACAUGGAACGAUGCCGACAGGUGUACAAGGUGUGCUUGGAGCUGAUACCACACAAAAGUUUCACCUUCUCCAAGAUCUGGCUGCUCUACGCGUACUUCGAGAUACGGCAGAAGAAUUUGACCAAGGCGAGAAAGACGCUGGGUCUAGCGCUGGCAAUAUGCUCAACGGAUAAGCUCUAUCGAGGCUACAUCGAUCUCGAGGUGCAGCUGGUGGAGUUCGAUCGGUGCCGCAAGCUGUACGAGAAAUUCCUCGAGUUCGGCCCGGAGAACUGCACCACGUGGAUGCGAUUCGCCGAGCUGGAGACGCGGCUGGGCGAGAUCGAUCGCGCCCGGGCGAUAUACGAAUUCGCCAUCGCGCGGCCACGGUUGGACAUGCCCGAACUACUCUGGAAGUCGUACAUCGACUUCGAGAUCGCCCAGGGCGAGACGGACAAUGCUCGGCAACUGUUCGAGCGAUUGCUCGAGCGCACGCUACACGUCAAAGUCUGGAUAGCGUACGCGAAGUUCGAGCUGCUGAAUCCGCAACUGGAGGACAGUCCCGACAACGUCGUCCUGGCGAGACGCAUCUUCGAGCGCGGCAAUGACGCGCUGAGAUCCAGCGGCGACACAGAGAGCAGAGUGUUACUGUUAGAAGCUUGGAAGGACUUUGAGAGCGAGAAGGGCACCGCUGAGACCCUUGCGAAGAUCAUGGAGAAGAUGCCGCGCAGAGUGAAGAAGAAGCGACGCAUCAUCGGCGAGGACGGCAGUGACGACGGCUGGGAGGAAGUCUUCGACUUUACAUUCCCUGAGGAUGAAUCGCAGAGACCAAAUCUCAAAUUCCUGGCUUCUGCGAAAAUGUGGAAGAAGCAGAGCGAGCAAUCGUCUGAAAUGGACGGGAGCACUAGCAGAGUUUGCAGAUAAAAGAUGACGCACCACGUGAGAGCAUAACUCGUUAUAAGAUGUGAUCCUAAUAAACCGGAUAAGUGCAUCCAUCGCUUCAAAAAUAAAGUCAGUUUCCGGCACGGUGGGAAAGCAUUAUUAAAACACCUUGAAAAUAGACUUUUUAAAUAAUAAUAACACAGAAUGUAAAUGUAGGAUAUUAAAAGAGGAAGGAAAGAA